GCAGACCGAAGAAGUCCCUCGCCCCUGAAGGAGUCAGUUUUGAGGGGAGGGGGACUCUCCCAAAGGGGAGGAGACAACCCCAGGUUGGGUGAGGCUCCUCCCCUUCUCCCCAGGACUACUGCCAAGGCGUGGGGGGUCUGCCACCUCCCGCAGGUAGGACCUCCUUCUCCGCCUGCUGCUGCUCCUCCUUCUCGGGGGACUCACCUCCCCACCCCAGCUUGGGAAACUCGGCAAAGCCCACGAAGAGCUACUGAGGAUGGGGCCCUUGACCUGCCCCUAAAGAGAGAUAUCCCUUCAGCCCCAAACUCCAGUGCCAGGUGGUUCCCUUCCUUUGCCUGGAGAACCUCUGAGGCAGAACCUGGCAGCACCAUGGCUUCUGACCUGGAGAGCAGCCUCACCUCCAUAGACUGGCUUCCCCAGCUGACCCUUCGGGCCACCAUCGAGAAGCUGGGAGGAGCUGCACAAGCUGGGCCCCCCGGAGGUAGCCGCAAAUGCCCACCUGGCUCACCCACGGAUCCCAAUGCUACCCUGAGCAAGGAUGAAGCAGCUGUCCAUCAGGAUGGCAAGCCUCGAUACAGCUAUGCCACCCUUAUUACCUAUGCCAUCAACUCGUCCCCAGCCAAGAAGAUGACCCUCAGUGAGAUUUACCGCUGGAUCUGUGAUAACUUCCCUUACUACAAGAAUGCUGGCAUUGGCUGGAAGAACUCAAUUCGUCACAACCUUUCUCUCAAUAAAUGUUUCCGGAAGGUGCCAAGACCUCGGGACGACCCUGGGAAGGGCUCUUAUUGGACAAUUGACACCUGUCCUGACAUCUCUCGUAAGAGGCGGCACCCUCCAGAUGAUGAACUGUCCCAAGACUCCCCAGAACAGGAAGCGAGUAAGAGUCCACGAGGAGGUGUCCCAGGGAGUGGAGAAGCUUCAUUGUCUCCUGAAGGAAAUAAUCAGAUGUCCCUGCAGAGCACCACACCCAUCACCAGCUUCAAUCAGGGUUCAGGACCCGUGGAUGGUGCAGUAGUUGCAGCUGGUGGUCCAGGACGAGAUGGGACUGACGGGCCACCUCCAUUGUAUAAUACCAAUCAUGACUUCAAAUUUUCCUACUCGGAGAUAAACUUUCAGGAUCUGAGCUGGUCCUUUCGAAACCUCUACAAGUCCAUGCUAGAGAAAUCCUCCUCUUCCUCUUCCCCACAUGGUUUCUCGACCCUCCUGGGUGAUAUGCAGCCUUCCAAUCACAACUACUACAUGUACCAGCAACCACCACAGCCACCCCAACAACAGCAGCAGCCACCCCAGCAGUCUCAGCAGCAACCACCAGCACAAGGCCCUUCAUCUGUAGGGGGUACCCCUUCACUGCAUACUCCCAGCCCAGAGGGCUGCCCCACACCGGGAGGGAAGCAGCCGGGGGCUGACAGCUACGGAACACCCUCUGUGAUGUCCAUGCACCCGCCCCCACUGCAGCAUGUGGGCUAUCAUCCCCAUCAGCAUCAUCCCCACCCGCAUCCGCCCCAGCAGCCUCCACCACCACCCCAGCAGCAGCCACAGUCCCAGGCUUCUAUCAACAAUACUGGCUUUGCAUUUCCCCCUGACUGGUGCUCCAACAUCGACUCCCUGAAGGAGAGCUUCAAGAUGGUUAAUCGGCUUAAUUGGUCCAGCAUUGAGCAAUCCCAUUUUUCAGAAUUAAUGGAGAGCCUCCGGCAGGCAGAAAGAAAGAACUGGAGCUUGGACCAGCACCACAUUGCCAAUCUCUGUGACUCCCUCAACCAAUUCCUUACCCAGACUGGUCAGCUGCCCCACCCAGGGGGUCCCCACCAGCCACCACCCCCAGCUAGAAUUGCUGACACCUGUGCCCUGACCAGUGGCAAGCAGGAGUCCACAAUAAACCAAGUGAACUCUUAUGGACACCCACAAGCACCCCAUCUCUACUCUGGCCCAUCACCCAUGUACCCAAUCCCUACCCAGGACUCUCCAGGAUAUAACCGUCCAGCACAUCAUCUGGUUCCCCGGCCACCUGUCCCACCUCCUGGUUCCAACGAGGAGAUCCCUGAUGAUUUCGACUGGGACUUGAUCACUUAGUGUAUCACAGACUGAAGAACCCAGGGCCAGUUGUGGUGAACCCUGGGAAAAGAUCCAGAAAUAACCCCAGUCCAGUUCCCCUUCCCCAGUCUGUACAUAGAUAUAUAGAUAUAUAUCUAUUUCCUCUUUUUUCUUUUUUUUCUCUUUGCCAGAGAAGCCACUGCAAGAUGCUGCCGAAGAUAACCCUGCCUUCCCUGUCUUUCUCCCCAUUCUUUUAUUAUUAUUGUUAUUAUUAUAUUAUUGUUAUUACUAAUAAUAUUAUUGAUUACUUUGCUGGCCCCAACCUCCGGCCCCCAGCACCAUGGACCAUUGCCAUCCCCAGGUUGGGCGGUGGGGCUGUAACAACCAGGGAGCAGCAGGGACUCAAACUUCCACAUCUUGGAGAUUCAGUGCUAAUUCCACCUGUUAGCUCUGGAUUGGUGUCUGCCCCUAUCAAACCUCAGUUCAGGGCUAGAAAGACUAAGUGGAUGGGCCCUAAAGGGCUAUGCUGACAUCAUUGAUCCCAAAGGAGUCUAUGAGGUGGUGCUAUUUCCUCCCCCAUCCUGAAAUAGUUCUUGCUCCACACCGAUGUUCAGCAAGGCCAGGGCUUAAAAUCCCAUUGAAUAAGAAGCAGGGUGAGUAAAAGGUGAGGUAGGUGGUCACUGGUGACUGAAAUAAGGAAGGAGGGAUGUCAGGAGAUAAGUAGGGUUUUGAUUAGGGAAGCAAAAAGCAGAGUGCUGCGAGGCUCUUGUAGAGAGGUGGUGGUCUGUGAGUGUGUCUGGAACUGGAUUGCACUGCCAUUGAAGUCAGCCACUAUCGUGGCCCCCAGCCCAUGACACCAGAAAUUGUGACUAAUCUUAACUAAUGAACUCAACCCCUGCUCUUGUGGGGAGUGAAUAUAAUCAACCCUAACUCAUUUUCUAGGACAGACCUUCUCUUUUACCUUUUUUUCUUCCAUUUAAAAUCACCUUUUAAAAUCCACAUCUCAUUUAUCUAUACAAAUUGCCACCUUCAACUGUCUACCUUUCACCCAACAAAUUUGAUAUUUUUAUCCGGUGGUCAGUUUUUCAUACUGAUCUUCCCUUUGGUCCAAUCAUCCCUUUGACCUUCCGAGAAGGAAGAGGAUCCCCUGAAUGCUAUAAAUAGCAGCAAAAUCAAACAAAUGGUGUCAGGGGGAUGAGGGUUUGGGCUGAGAGGAGAGAAGGUAUAAUUGGAAGUACAAGUGGGGAAUUCCUGACCAUUUUAGUUGCAGAGGCAAAUGUUCAUCUCUUAAUCUGUUACUUAGGGUUGGAGGUUUUCCCGUUGGGUUUUUGAAGAGCAGGGAGACUUAAGAGAGGAAUAUAAUGAAGAUGGCAGAAGAGAACAGGGUUUGGGGAUAACUUGUCUCCCUUAACAACUAGGAGUCAAGAUAUACCAACUAGCACAGUGCUCUAUGAUGAGUGUUUAAUUCUGGAUUUCAGAGAGAAGAACAAAUUCACUUAAACCUCCACCCCAUAUAGUUUCACUUUUAAGAAGUAGAAAUGGGUGGAAAUAGGGUGAGGCCCUUUUCUGCUUCCUGAAACUCCCAUGUGGGGCCUUCUAUUCCUAUUCCUUGUUCUCAAGAUUUCCAAGACAUCUGUCUCUACUCUCUGCUUUUUUCCCUCCUUCCUUAGAAAGGACUUCGGUUGGGUGUGCAGUGUUACACAAUAGAAAUAAAAUGAGAUUUGAGCUAUAGGGACAGGAAGAACUAGUUACUCUUUGGGAAGAAGCAUUUGUCAGAGGGAAAUGGGGUAGAGGAUGAAUCCAUUGUGUGCUAAGGUGGUAAAAUUAAGGUGCAACUGGCAUAAUGCUUCUCAUUUUGGAGGGAGACUCCCUCCUACAAGUGGGGAGUAGUAUCUGUCUUUUAACUCCAUUUCAGGGAUCCAAGGAAGGAGGCCUCCCCUUUUUUGUACUCAGCAUCUCCUACACAGAUCUCAGUGAGGAGUUCCUAUUGUUGAUCACAGCCUCUCUCCCUGUAAAUCCCUUCCCCUUAUAGAUAAACGCAGCAUUUUUAAGAUUGGACUUAUUUGCACAAGAGAAUGUGCCACCUGACAGAAAAUCACCUUUCAGGAAAUAGGCAUACUUCAGGACUCUGAGUAAUCCGAGGGAGGGGGACUUAGUGAUCAGGACAGGAAUUCAGGUGUCAAAUCUCCUGGGUUUCUAGCUCCCUUCUGCCAAUUUCAGCCCUAUUCUGUUGCAUAGGACAAGUCUCUUUCUGUACCUCAGCCCCGCCCUAGCUUCCCCAACCCCCAGUGAAAUGGAGAAAAUGCUACUCCCUUGUCGGUUCAAAACUCCAGUGUGUGCUGAAGAUGACUGUUUGCCGAAUGUGAAAUGUAGUUGUCAUUGUAUUGAGUGAUGUGUGAUAGCAGGAGCUCACAGGUGGCAGAAAAAGAUAUGGAAAAGGGGACUGGAGAGUGGUGGGGAGGGAGCAGAUCCACCCUUCCUUGCCUAUCUCCCUUUAGCCCCCGUGUAUCUGGUUAGGUGAUUCCCUCAUGUGAUGCUUUGCAUCGGUGUGGGCUGGAAAGGGGUGGGGGAGGAGUUUGGCCUCACAUUUUUUUUGCAUGCUUUCUUAAUAAAACAAACAAGAAUGUUGACCCUUCU